CGGGCGGGCCAGUCCCGCCCUUGGACUUAGGCUCGAGCCCGCGCCAGGAUAAACACCUGAACUUCACUGAGCUGGUAGCUAAGGACACGGGUGCCUGGGGCGGACGAGGCCGGGUUCUCGGCGGGCAGCGAGGGGGAGCGUGCCUGGGUGUCAGCCAGAAUAUGUCUUCCAACCUGAGAUCAGCAAGGAAAUUUCUUGUUUUCUUAGGAAAAUCACUGUUUAGUAUUCUGGAGGCUCUGAUCUUUGGCUUGAUCCCAAAGCCACGGAAGAACGUCGCUGGUGAAAUAGUCCUCAUAACAGGCUCUGGGAGUGGACUUGGGAGGCUCUUAGCCUUGCAGUUUGCCCGCCUGGGAUCUGUGCUUGUUCUCUGGGAUAUCAAUUCAGAGGGGAAUGAGGAGACACUCCAGAUGGCUCGGGAAGCUGGAGCCAUGAGGGUGCAUGCCUAUACCUGUGAUUGUAGCCGAAAGGAAGACGUGUACAGAGUGGCCAAUCAGGUUAAAAAAGAAGUUGGUGAUGUUUCCAUCCUAAUAAAUAACGCUGGAAUCGUAACAGGCAAAAACUUCCUGGACUGCCCAGAUGAGCUUAUGGAAAAGUCAUUUGAUGUGAACUUCAAAGCACAUUUAUGGACUUAUAAAGCCUUUCUACCUGCUAUGAUUGCUAAUGACCAUGGACAUUUAGUUUGCAUUUCAAGUUCAGCUGGAUUAGUUGGAGUAAAUGGGCUGGCAGAUUAUUGUGCAAGUAAAUUUGCAGCCGUUGGUUUUGCAGAAUCUAUGUUUGUAGAAACAUUUGCCCUAAAACAAAAGGGGAUUAAGACUACAAUUGUGUGCCCAUUUUUUAUAAAAACUGGAAUGUUUGAAGGUUGUAUGACUAGGUGUCCUCUCCUGUUGCCAAUUCUGGAUCCAGAAUAUACAGUCAGAAAAAUAGUAGAUGCUAUUCUUCAGGAAAGGCUGUAUUUGUGUAUUCCAAAGUUUUUAUACCUCAUGUUGUUUUUAAAAAGUUUCUUGCCCGCCAAGACAGGACUGAUCAUAGGUGAAUACCUGGGUAUCUUAGAGUCAAUGGAAGGUUUCACUGGCCAAAAGAAGAAAGUCUAAAGACCGACUCCAUGACUGAUUCCAUCGGAUACCCAAUGCUACAUCGCGUUUGUUUUGAAUAAGAAAAAUAAUUUUGUUCAACAAUAGAACGUAUCUGGAAACAAGUACCAUUCCUAUUUCUGCUAUCUGGACUAGAAUUUUCAACCCAUGUCUUUGAAAAAAAAAAAAACAUUGCUGUCUUCUUUUUGUUGAGUUUGGUUGUAUUGUUUUAAAAAAUAAAAGCAGUCAAUUUUUGUCAUUUCCAGUUACAA